UCUUUAGUACAGUCAGUCAUCUCAUUGGAGAUGGAGAGCAAUUUAAAUUCAAAUCAUGUAUUGUAAGGUGAAGUGAGAAAUAAGGCAGAGUAACCACUCAGAAAACUUUCAAUCUAAAAGUGGUAAGAUUAUAAAAUCUAUUCAGAAGAUAGUAAAAAGUAAAAAAUCAGCUUCUAAACCAGGUACGCCCAAGGAGCUGUCAUGGACCAUGGGCAUGGAGGGUCUUCUCCAGAACUCCACUAACUUCGUCCUCACAGGCCUCAUCACCCAUCCUGCCUUCCCCGGCCUUCUCUUUGCAAUAAUCUUCAUCUUUGUGGUGGCUAUAACAGCCAAUGUGGUCAUGAUUCUGCUCAUCCAUAUGGACGCCCGCCUCCACACACCCAUGUACUUCUUGCUCAGCCAGCUCUCCAUCAUGGAUACUAUCUACAUCUGUAUCACUGUCCCCAAGAUGCUCCAGGACCUCCUGUCCAAGGACAAGACCAUUUCCUUCCUGGGCUGUGCAGUUCAGAUCUUCCUCUACCUGACCCUGAUUGGAGGGGAAUUCUUCCUGCUGGGUCUAAUGGCCUAUGAUCGGUACGUGGCUGUGUGCAACCCUCUACGGUACCCUCUCCUCAUGAACCGCAGGGUUUGCUUAUUCAUGGUUGUCGGCUCCUGGGUUGGUGGUUCCUUGGAUGGGUUCAUGCUGACUCCUGUCACUAUGAGUUUCCCCUUCUGUAAAUCCCGAGAGAUCAAUCACUUUUUCUGUGAGAUCCCAGCCGUGCUGAAGUUGUCUUGCAUAGAUACAUCACUCUAUGAGACCCUGAUGUAUGCCUGCUGCGUGCUGAUGCUGCUCAUCCCUCUAUCCGUCAUCUCUGUGUCCUACAUGCACAUCCUCCUGAGUGUCCACAGGAUGAACUCUGCUGAGGGCCGGCGCAAAGCCUUUGCUACGUGUUCCUCCCACAUUAUGGUGGUGAGCGUUUUCUACGGGGCAGCUUUCUACACCAACGUGCUGCCCCACUCCUACCACACUCCAGAGAAAGAUAAAGUAGUGUCUGCCUUCUACACCAUCCUCACCCCCAUGCUCAACCCACUCGUCUACAGCUUGAGGAAUAAAGAUGUGGUCGCAGCUCUGAGGAAAGUACUAGGGAAAUGUGGCUCCUCCCAGAGCAUCAGGGUGGUGACUGAUCAGGAAGGACUAGUGGGGACUCCCAGAGCAUCAGGGUGGCAACUGUGGUCAGGGAAGACUAGCGGGGACCCAGUGCAAACAUCCGAGAUGCUGCAGCCAAUAAUGCAGCUAUUUCAGAAAAUAUGGUAUUGGUUCUGA